AAUUCAAUAACUUUAUUUUUAAAAAAGUGAAAUUAAAUUCUAUCAUCAUCAACAACAACAUUUUUAUUUAAUUGCCAAAUUUCGUAGAUCUUUUCACCAGUAUUAUUAUUUUUUCUUUACAGAAUAAUUGAAUCUAAUUUGAAACAAACAUGAAUUUAUCAUCAUUUAUUCUUGUAUUUACAAUAAUUAUUACGUUUUGUCCACAAUUAGAUUGUGCACAAUUAUUAUUAUUAUCAGUAAAAAAUUCUUCAAAUUCUUUAAUGGCCAAUAAUUAUAAUAAUAAUAAUGUAUUAUCAUCGAUUUUAUCUACAAACGAUAUCGAUCAUAAAGAUCGAAAUAAAUUGUCAAUAAAACGAAUUCAACAAAAUAAUUUAAACGAAAUGGUGAUGAAAAAUGGUUUAAAACGAACAACAUCAAUGAUAUCAUUACCAACACCAGGAAAAUGGGAACCAAUAUGGAAUGAAUUAUUUCCUCGUUCCAAAAGUAUUUCAUCCGUACGUUUUUAUUUAUACAGUCGUUUGAAUCCAGAUAUUGGUCAAGAACUUUGUAUCAAUGAUCAAUCAUCCAUACAUCAAUCAAAUUAUAAUCCAAAUAAACGUACAGUAUUUCUUAUUAAUGGUUGGCAAGAUAAUCGAUUAUUUGCUAAAUGGGUACGAGAUGCUAUACAUUUAUUGCUUAUACGUGAUGAUCAAAAUGUUAUAUUUGUUGGUUGGCGAAGUAUAAAUGAAUUAUUUGUUGCUGCUAUGAUUAUACAAAGUUAUUCAUUAUAUUUAUCAAGAUUUAUCAAUUUUCUUAAGUCAAAAUAUCAUUUGAAUGGUGAACAGAUUCAUUGUAUUGGACAUAGUUUAGGCGGUUUUAUGUGUGGAUUUGCUGGCGAUCUCACCUAUAUUGGCCGUGUUACAGUAAUGGAUGCUGGUCCACGGCCAUAUUUUCAGCGACGACCACCACAACAACGUUUAAAUCGUUUUCAAGCAGGAUUUAUGGAUGUUAUACAUUCAGAUUUUCAUCCAACAUUUUCAUUAGGAUUAACCAUACCAUAUGGUGAUAUUGAUUUUUUUCCAAAUUCCGGUACAGUUCAACCGGGCUGUUGGCAAGAUAAAUUUUCUAAACCACUUGAAGAAUUAACAAAUGGUGAUGGACCAUUAACAAGUUUACUACAAUUUCCACGUUAUCUAUUAUUCUGUUCACAUUAUCGUUCACAUGAAUGGUUUUUUGAAUCAUUAUGGAAUCAACAAUGUCAAUUUAUUGGUGUAUUAUGUCCAAAUUAUCAGAUGUUUAUUAAUGGUGAAUGUGGAUGUGAAGAUUUAUUGGUAAAUGGUCAUGGUGAAACAACAUGUGCAUUGAUGGGUUAUGAUGCUGAAUAUGCUAUAUUAAAGCAAGGUUUGACAAAAUUUUCACCACAAGGUAAAUGGUAUCUAAAAACAUCGGAUUUUUAUUCACAAACUAAACGUCAUUGUCAAUAUCAAUAUCAAUUGAUAGUAAAAUUAGGACAAUUUAUACCUCAUAAUAUUGGUAAUGUAACUGUUUCCGUAACGAUUGUUACAAAAAAUGAUCAAAAUAAUAAAUUAUCUAAUCAAAUUAUAUUGAAUGAAAAACUUUAUCCAAAACAUUAUCCACAAUUACGACCAAAUCAUCGUCUUAGUAAAUUAAUUUUACAACCAAAUUCAUUAUCAUUUAAACGAAUAGCAUAUAUUUUAGUUACAUUACAACCAUCAUUAAAUGAUAAUAAUGAAAUUAUUAGAUUAAAAUCAACAGAAUUAUUUAUUACAAUAUCAUGGAUAAAAUUAGCACCUAUACAUGUUGUACAUAAUGAACCAUUAUUUUUUUGUCAUAUUGAUCAUUAUGUAUGGCCGGGUAAAAGUAACAUGAUGAAACGUUGUAUAACACAUUGAUAUUUUUUUUUCUUCAUUUU